UAUGCAAUUAGUCAACUGAAUAAGUUGGAAGAUAGCAUUUGGGAGCGAUGGACAAGGAAAAAGCCUCAGGAAAGAUCUAUCAAGAGGUCCACGGAUGAGAAAUCAAGAAGUUCCAUGCAAAAGGACACAUUUGAUGGGAGUAGGAAAGAUAUAAAUGCAGCUAUAGACCGAAUCUGUGAGUACACAGGAACUAAAGUUAUUUUCUGGGAUUUAAGAGAGCCUUUUAUUGACAACCUGUAUAAGCCCAAUGUUACUCACUCUAGGUUGGAAGCAAUUGUUGAACCACUUGAUAUGGUACUAAAUCAAUUAUGUGAUAUCAUCGUGGAGCCACUCAGAGAUCGCAUUGUGACAGGUCUCCUUCAAGCAGCACUGGAUGGCCUACUCCGUGUCAUAUUAGAUGGAGGCCCAUCACGUGUUUUCUUCCCCAGUGAUGCUAAACUAUUAGAAGAAGACUUAGAGGUCUUAAAGGAAUUCUUUAUUUCUGGAGGAGAUGGGCUUCCUCGAGGAGUGGUUGAAAAUCAAGUAGCACGUGUUCGACAUAAGAUAAAGUUGCACAGCUAUGAGACUCGAGAAUUGAUCGAAGACUUGAAAUCUGCAAGUGGGUCAGAAAUGCAGGGUGGCAGAAGCAAUCUGGGUGCUGAUACCAAUACCCUAUUGAGAAUUUUAUGUCACAGGAGUGAUUCAGAGGCUUCUCAUUUCCUCAAGAAACAAUUCAAGAUACCCAGAUCAGCUGCUUAGGCAGAAUAUGUAUUGGUAGGCACUCGUUUAUGUUAAUAUAAUUCAUUGAUUUUAAGGGAAAUAAUGAGAUUAGAGUCUUGUUAUAUUAUUCUUUUCGCAUUUGUUGUAUCUUUGUAUCUUUUCCUUAACGUUUAAGAACUUCUUGUGUAGACAUCUUGGCACCUGAAUUUAUAGUGUUCUCUUUAUUGAAAACCUCUCCCUUUCAAAAACUGAUUGUUUCUCUUGUACCCCAAAACUAAAUCUUUGAUUUUUCA